ACAGUAAAUUAGGGGAAAAUAUCCUAAAUCCAUAUCAGGAUGAUAUAAAGAAAAACACACAGGGAACUGCAGCCUCAUACUCCCAGUUACAUAUAGACAGUUAUUGGGAAUGGUUAAAUUCUUGAAAACAAUUUGUUGUUUGCACCCAGCUUCUUCCACCCCUGCAGCCAGUUUGUGUGAUCCAUCGAGAGGAAAACCAAGGGGCCAUCCUCCCACGUCGCGCCUGUGCUGUGCUGUGCUGUGCUGUGGAGCUCCCCCUUGCUGCGUGCAUCGUGAUCAGGCUGCAGUCUUGUGGAGGACGCAGGGUCACCUUCCGUCACCGCAGGGGGAAAUACUGAAUCAUUCGCAACCAAGACCAGGGCUGGACGCUGGUGCACCUCAGCUGCAGCACAUAUCUUGCGUACGAGGAAGCAAGCAUCCCUGCAGAGGACAGUUUUGGCUGAGGAAGAGUUUUGUGACGUCCAGGACAAUGUCUGGCUCCUACGAUGAAUGUGCAGGUGCCGACGACACCAUGGACAGCUUUUGGGAGGUGGGGAACUACAAACGUGCUGUCAAGAGAUUUGACGACGGCCAUCGACUGUGCAAUGACCUCAUGGGCUGCCUUCAAGAGCGGGCGAAGAUAGAAAAAGCUUAUGGCGAUCAGCUAACCGCCUGGUCCAAGAGAUGGAGACAACUCAUUGAGAAAGGCCCCCAGUACGGCUCAGUGGAGAGAGCCUGGUUGGCUGUAAUGACAGAGGCCGAUAAGGUGAGCGAGCUGCAUCAAGACGUCAAGAACAACUUGGUGAAUGAGGAUGUAGAGAAAGUGAAGAACUGGCAGAAGGAGGCCUAUCACAAACAAAUGAUCGGAGGCUUCAAGGAGGCAAAAGAGGCAGAGGAAGGAUUUAAGAAAGCUCAGAAACCAUGGGCCAAAAAGCUCAAAGAGAUGGAGACGGCGAAGAAAGCAUACCACAUGGCGUGCAAGGAGGAGAAGCUGGCCGCCACCCGAGAAGCCAACGGCAAGACCGAGGCUUCCGUGACGCCGGACCAACAGAAGAAACUCCACGAGAAAGUGGACAAAUGCAAACAGGAUGUACAGAAGGCUAAAGAAAAGUAUGAGAAGUCUUUGGAAGAGCUCAACAAAUGUUCGCCCACGUACAUGGAGAGUAUGGAGCAGGUGUUUGACCAGUGUCAGCAGCAUGAGGUCAGGAGGCUGACUUUCUUGAAGGAAGCCUUGCUGGACAUCAAACGCCACCUUAACCUCACUGAGAACCAAAGCUACUCCACAAUAUACAGAGAACUGGAGCGCACCAUCCUGGGAGCAAACACACAAGAGGAUCUGAAGUGGUUCAGCAACAACCACGGGCCUGGAAUGCACAUGAACUGGCCCGCCUUUGAGGAAUACAACCCAGACCAGGCAAGUGCUCCCCCAAAGAAGAAGAAACCAGAUGGAGCCCCACCCACUCCAAGCACUGACCACGUGGCUCCCCCUGGUGACCGCAGCAGCGUGAGCAGCUAUGAUAAGAACCAAGCGUACUCGACUGAGUGGUCCGAUGACGAGCAACCUGCUGCUAACUCUGGAAACGAAAAUGGCGGAAACGGGAACUCAUUCGAAGAGGAUUCCAGCAUGGGUAAAGGCGUCCGUGUGAGAGCUCUCUAUGAUUACGAUGGCCAAGAGCAGGAUGAACUCUCUUUCAAAGCAGGCGAUGAGCUGACCAAGACCGAGGACGAAGACGAGCAAGGCUGGUGUCGAGGCCGUUUGGACAGCGGCCGAGAGGGACUGUAUCCGGCCAAUUACGUUGAGCCGAUCUAGGCCAGCGACUGGACAAGGACUCGCUCCUGGAGGCAGCUUGAACAGUCUCGUCCAAUCGCACCGCACAUAGCCAGAGACUUAAGAGCAACACAUCCCUUGCCCAACAGAUGCGCUAAGCACUCAUCCAAACUUAGUAACCUUAAAAGACAAUGUAUCGCUAUAUUAUAACUUAUCCCGCUGGGUGGGUGGACGUUUCGAGACAAGGGCGGCAGUUAUCCCGGUAUAUACACACUCAACUAUAACACCGAGACAGUGCAGGCAUAUAUGGCUUCUCCGUGGCUGUAUGUAACCUACCAUGCAGCUUAUCAUUGUGCUCAUGGGAAGGCAAUAUAAUCAGUUAUGCCCACUCCACCAAGACAAGCUUCUCCAACCUGCAUUGUGUAUAUACAGUAUAACGCCGUUUUUGUGUAGCUUUUUCAACGCUGUGCGUGGUCAGUCAUCCUUCAUCCAUUGGGAAUGCUGUGUAGUGUUAAAAGUACCACAAACGGUAUCCCUCCCUUUGUUUUUGUUUUUUGUCUUUUAGUUCUAUUUUCUAGUGCUCCGGUCCAACCUUUUUGAGCCCGUGUGUGCCGUGUUACGUGCUUAACUGUCUCUGAGCGUGCAUAGCAGCAUGUAGCUAUGCAACAACUCUCAUCCCUCGGAUCCUGCAGUUCUACCCGGGACCACAACUUGAUGCAACACUACAACUUCAAAAUGCAGAAGUCACUUUUUUUAAAAGCAUCGCAUGUUCUCUCGUGAGAGAAAGCUUGUUGACCGCAAGCUUGGAUUUUAACGUUGUUUCUUCUCAUCACGCAAAAAAAAAAAAAAAGUUCAUUCUUGACCACAUCUGCUAACAUGAAUGACAAGCAAACCUCGCGUCACAGCUUCUUUUCUUUUUUUUGCGCAGUGGAGGGGUUCGGAACUAUGCCCAUGCCAGCAUUUUUUUCUACCAGAGAGGGCCAAUAGAGGCAUGCUGAUGAGCUCCGAAGAACAAAGCCUCGUGAAAAGGACCUGAAUGUGCUAGUGUACACUAGUAGCCCGUUUCUAUGCUGAGCCAAAGAAUGAUCCAGUUCCAUCAACUGCGCUUUUUUUCCCCUCCAUGCAAUAACCUCCCAUGUUAUAUGACUCAGAACAAGAUCCACUUGUAGCUGCCUAUCAGUCAACCAAAAUGUCCUCUCACCACUGGGGAUGACACAGGGAAAAACAUUUACCGUCACCAGUAAUGCAUUGCAUGUGAGGUGUUUGCAGUGCAUUAUUUACCUUGCUUUUUUUUUAGAAGUGAAAAUACACACUUGGCAAAUAUAUUUGUGCGUUUUCAUGCAAUGGGCCAGAGAACUUUUUUUUUUUAGGGGUGCUGGAGUUUGGGACCAACAGUCAGAUGUGUUCAGCUCUGUCCGGAUUUGACAGUUUGUGGGCAUCGGCGUGAGGACAUCACCAGCUCACAAGUUGUGUCUUAAGAGAGUCCAGCAAAGCAAAAAAAAGGGACCCCAAUGCACACAUCACGCACACACAACAGUCGGACACACACAACCUGAUUGCAUUGUUGUUUUAGUUGGGGAACGUCAUCAUUUAGUAUGUAUGCAUUGUGUAAAUGUUUAAAAAAAACAAAACGAUUGACUACUUCAGGCAAAAUGUAGUGUUAUAAAUGUAAAUGUGUGUCAUUGAAAUAAUUGAAAACAUGACGUAAUAGACAUCAUAUUGUAUGAAUUCCUUGGCGAUGGUCGGUGUAUCAUAAAAGCGUUAUCCCACGCAGUCAGAUUUGUAUAUGAAGAUGUAAUUUAAAGAUUAUAUUAUUCUAUUGUAACAGUACAACUGUGUUGAAAAAUGAGACCUGACCAUGUUGAGGCAGUAAAGAGGUGUGCUGCACAUGUAAAUGCUUUUAUUUUUUUUUUAAUAUGUUGAUGAUCUCUUCCUUAUGCACACAGGGGGACUGCGGCUCGUGUGGAAACCCCCAUAUUAGUGGUCUAUGAUGUAUGUUUAUAGUUAGUGAUGUACUUUGAUCUCCUAACUGGUGUAGUGCCUGUUCAUCUUGAUGUAACAAGACGUUCAUUUAAAUAUGCAUAAACUGAUGAUGAUCAAUGAGAAAAAAACAAAAAAAAGCCAUGAGCGUGAUGAGAAACCCAAGUCAGACUUGUUGUGAUGGGGUCAAUGCUGCGAUGUUGGUUUGAAAGGAAAAUAAGUGUUUGAAAAAG